AUGGCAAUGGCAUGUAACAAGGCACAAUGUUUUACAUGUAAUAUGGAAAAAAUAACAUAUCCUUGUAAAGGAUGUUCAAAAGAAUUUUGUUUAAAUCAUUUAACAGAACAUCAACAAAUAUUAAAUGAUGAAUUAAAUAAUGUUACCAAUGAAUAUAAUGAAUUCAAACAAAGCAUUAAUGAACAAAAACAGAAUUCACAAAAUGUUUUAUUAAUAAAACAAAUUGAUCAAUGGGAAAGUAAUUCAAUUGAAAUAAUUCAACAAAAAGCACAAGAAUGUAGAAAAAUUGUUACUGAAUAUUUACCAACAUUCUUUAAUGAUAUUGAAAAGAAAUUUAAUGAUUUAAAUCAGCAAAUAAAAGAAAUUCAUCAAGAGAAUGAGUUUAAUGAAAUUAAUUAA